UUUUUCUUCCCAUCACUGUUUCUAGGAUUCUUGGAGACGAACAGGAAGAGAGGUUCUUUUACUCACAACUUAGAGAGGUUUUUCUCCUUUUUUUUUUGCUAGAAAGAUCACAAGCUAGAGUUGGAAAUGGAUCGUCUUGCAGCUUAGAAACUGUUCAUGGGUUUCCACAGAUUCUUCUUCUUCUUCUUCUUCUUCUUCUUGAGAUGAAUUCGUCCUCCUUGCACCCUCACGGAUUCAUGAACAGGAGCUAGAGUUUUGCUGGAUCGAUCCAUCGAAGAGAGAGGGAGCUGAGCUUAGCGAUGGUGGUGCUGUUUGCAGCAAAUGGAGAUGGAUCCAGGAGGAGCUGCUCGUCCUCGCCCUGUGGAUCAUGAUAGCGAUGAUCGAUGAUCGCAGUACGCUGCCUUGGGAAAUGGAGAUGGUGAUUAUAAGUCCAUGGAUAGAGGAUGAUAGAUUUCCAUAGCCUGGAUAGUACCUAUAGCGGUAACUUGUAGCAAGGGAGAACUGGAAGGGAGGAGAAGAUCAUUCGCUCAUAGCUAGACAGACAUAAGUUCUUCUCUUUCUUUCUUUUUUUCUCUCUCUCUUUUUUUCCUCCUCCUCAGUAGCAGCAGUGAGUGUAGCAGCAGUGAGAGCGAGCAGCGCUUUGUCCAGGCCCAAAUUCAUCGCUGCGACCGUGGGGCAUUCUUGUGUCAUGCUGCGGUCACUUGGUACUCACUCACAGCAUUGACAUCGAUCGAUCGCGCGGAUCACUUCACUUACUGCUACUUCGUUCUUGGUUCUUCUAAGUUCUUCUUCUCCUCUCUUCUUUCUCGCUAUAAGAACUUCUCCUCCUUCAUCCAGUCCAUGGCCGGCGCUCGUCCUUCUCUUUCUCUCUUGGGCAUCGUCCCACCAGUGGAAGCUUCCAAGAUCUUCCACGAGGAGCUUAGUUUGAACAGUGGUAUAUAGUAGCAUAGAGAAUUUUAUAAACUUUGGCGCAGCCAGGAGGAGAAGAGAGCGAGAGAAAGAAUCGCUGGAUGAUCCGGCCGGGAUGAUCAAGAAUUCUGGGUGGUAAGCAAAACAAAGGAGAGAUCUUUGGGUGGUUCUUUCUCUUGGGUUUCAUCGACCAUCACCAUCAUCGAGAGAGAGAGUGAGAGAUAGACAUAUCGAUCGAGGAGUGAGGGAAAGAAAGAGGAUGAAUCCGUCCAGGUUUCCAGCGGCAUUUCCAUUCCAGCAGAUGCUCGAGCUCCACCACCAGCACCAGCAACAGCAGCAGCAGCAGCAGCAAGAAAUUCCUCCACACCAGCACUCCGAGGACGAAGAUAACAGCAGCAGUGGGAACAAGGAGCUAGAACAUCCACACCACCACCACCUCCACCACCAGAUUCACCACCACCACCAGCAACAGCAGCAGCAGCAGCAGCAGCCUCAGCACCAGCAAAGCCCGCAAGCCCAGAAAUCUCCCGGCGGAGGUGGCGGAGGUGGCGGCGGUGGCGGUGCUGGAUCCGGCGGCGAGGUGGUCGCCCCCGUCCGCAAGCCGCGAGGCCGCCCGCCGGGAUCCAAGAACAAGCCCAAGCCGCCCAUCAUCAUCACGCGCGACACGGGCUCCGGGAUGCGCCCCCACGUCCUGGAGAUCGCGCCCAACACCGACAUCGUGGACGCCAUCGCCACCUUCGCCCGCAAGCGCCAGCGCGCGCUGUGCGUCCUCUCGGCGCGUGGCACCGUCUCAAACCUAACGCUCCUCCGCCACUCCCCCGCCUCCUCCGCCGCCUCCGCGCCGCCCUCCUCGCCGCCAUCCUCCUCCGCCGCAUCCACCGGCGCCACUCCCUCCUCCUCCCGCGCCGCCGCCGCCGCCGCCACCUCCACGGUCUCCUUCCAAGGCCGCUUCGAGCUCAUCUCCCUCUCCGGGGCAUUCCUCCAGCAGCAAAUGCCCAGCGCGGGCAUCUUGGGGGCAUAUUCCGGGCUAGCGGUGUCCGUGGCCGGGGGACCGCAAGGACAGGUCCUCGGUGGAAAUGUGGCCGGUCCUCUGGUGUCGGCCUCUCCAGUGAUGGUCAUCGCCGCCUCCUUCGUCGGCCCAGCGUUCGAUCGCCUGCCACUGGACGAUCAAGAUGGCGAGAUUCCGGAAGAACAGCCAGCCGCGGGGGCGGGGGCGGCGGCAAAUCCCAGUCCCAAUUCCACUUCCGGCCAGUUGGGUCUGCCGCAGCACGGGAAUUCGUCGCCCCCAUCGAUCCCGAUCCACCAGCUGAUGAACGAUCCAUUUGGGCUGGCGGCGGCGGCGGCGGCGGCGCACCACCACCACCACCACCACCAGAUCCCGCCGCCGGAAUUGCUGGCUUCUUGGGCGGCCGCCGCUGCCGCUGGAGCUACCAGGCCGCCAAUGUGAUCGCGAUCGCCGCCAAGAGGUUCUUCUCUCUUCUCUCUCUCUCUUUUGCUACUUGGAAAGAACAGUGUUCUUGGUGGAUUGGAUGGAGAAUUGGCCUCUCUCUUGUUCCUCGUCGUGGAGGUGAGAUUUUUCUUUCGUGGGAUGGGAUGAUCGUCGUCAGCAUUUCGAUUGCAUCGAAUUUUUUUUUGGGGUUUGGUCGCGGUGAUUUCUCCACCGCCAAUGCUCAUACGAUUUCUGUCAUAUAGAGGAGAAACAAACAUAUAUGGAGCUCUGGCAAUUCAUUUAUGUAUCAUGCGCAAUGGUUCGUGUUCACGAUCAUCAAAAGAAGCUUUUUUUUUUUGUGUUGAUUUCAAAGUUUUUCCUUCUGCUGUAGAUUCAUGGAGUGAGCGGCGGCAACGCUGGAACAAAACUUUGCGAUGGCACGUUUCCACGACCCGAGUGUGUUUAGUUCGUGUCUCUUCCAGUCCUGCCCAACAAACACAAACAGCAAGCGUGCGUGAUUAAAUCGAAGAAGCAGCCACGCUUUGCUUUGACUGAUCUGAUCGAUGAAACUAAGUAAUAAUAAACUCACCUAGGUAGUCA